GUGACGAAGAUCCAGCCAAAAAAGCGCCAAAACAGACGUAGAGGACGCGUAACAAAGAGGAGCAAAAUUGUUCGUGAACUGGUCCGUGAAGUGGCCGGCUUCGCUCCGUACGAACGAAGAACGAUGGAGUUGCUGAGAAUUAGCAAGGAUAAGAAAGCGUUGAAGUUCUUGAAACGACGCAUCGGUUCACACGUUCGUGCUAAGAGAAAGCGCGACGAGAUCCAAGCAAUUUUGACGAACCUUCGUAAGCAUCACAAGUGA